UCGCUUCCCGUUUUCUUCAGAGCUGUGCCUUCUGUGGAUCUCUCUGGACGUGCUCUUCUGCACCGCGUCUAUCAUGCAUCUGUGUACUCUCUCCGUCGACCGGUUCCUCUCUCUCAGGUACCCGAUGAAGUUCGGACGACACAAGACCCGUCGUCGCGUCGUGCUGAAGAUCGUGCUGGUGUGGUGUCUGUCGCUGGCGGCGUCGCUGCCGCUGUCACUGAUGUACGCCACCGACCCGCACUCCACCAUCGUGGACGGCGUCUGUCAGAUCCCCGUCUCGCUCUUCCAGAUCAUCGGCUCCGUCAUCUGUUUCUACAUCCCGCUCACCAUCAUGCUGGUGACGUACACGCUCACCGCGCGGCUCCUGUCUAAGAAACAGAUGGAGCUCCAGGCCACCGUGCUGGAGACCUCGUCCGCCUCGCCCUCGCCCAGAUCUGUCCGCUGGAAGAAGCUGCUCUGUAAGACGACCUCGAACUUGAGCACCAGCACGGCGGUGUCCCUCACGGACGGGGAGCUGGAGGGCAGGCUCGAGGCCCACUCGGAGGAGGGCAAGCUCCAGACCUGCGCCGAGCAGGGCAAGAUGCGCGUUCGUUGCGAAGAGGGCAAACUGCGCAGGUUUGGCAGCAGUCCUCUGCGUCGGCCGCCGCUGGUCCGCUACACUGCGCAUCACUACCGCGCAGCUCUAGUGCGCGGUGGCAGCUGCGGCGCCCGCGGCUACUCCAGCAGGGAGCUGAAGACGGACGGUAGUGUUAUGGCUGACGACGACCGCAUGUUCCCGCACCUGGCCGCCAGCGCAGGGUUUGAGCUGAGUGUGCUGGCGUCAGGCCCUCGCUCAGCCCCGUCCUCCACCACCACGUCCCCCAUGCACCGCCCCCAGCAUGACGCCGAGGGCUCCCACGCCACCCAGAUGGCCACAGGAGGCCCCUCAGGAGGCCCCUCGGGAGGGCCCGUGAAGGAACACGACUCGAGCUUCAGGUGUGAGCAGAAUGGUGACCCGGGCAGGCGGGGGGGCGGGGAGGAGGAGUGUGGGGCGGGGGACGCCAGUCACGUGACCGUCCCGUGCAGCUGUGCUCCCAGGUUCUUCCUGGAGGACAUCAAGACCUCCUCGGAGAGCCAGUGUGACGAGUGCUCGGACCUCCGGCCGCAGGACAUGGCCGCACCUUACCGCAGCCACCACAACCGCCGCAGCCACAGCCAGGAGCGGCGGCGGGGUAGCGCUGGAGGCGGCUGUUGUUCCUGCAUCCUGCCCCGCCUCACCCGCACCGGACACAGCGGCUCCCAGGGCGUUGAGGCGGCGCUGUCAUCGCCGUGGCGAGAGGCUUCAACCACAGACCUGGUCACCAGGACCACUCUCAGGUCAGGAGGUCAGGUCACGACCCUGCUGCACAAGACGACCUCCAGCGAGUCGUCGUCAGUGAGUUCCGUGCCGUCGUCCAGGGGCCUGUGGCGGCAGAGGUCGUGUUCCUCCUCCAUCAAGUACGUGUCGUCGAAGCGGCACGGACGGAACAUUAGGAUGGAGCAGAAGGCUACGAAGGUGUUGGGUGUGGUGUUCUUCACGUUCGUGCUGCUGUGGGCGCCGUUCUUCAUCGCCAACGUUCUCAUCUCGUGCGGGGCUCACAUUAAGGACGAGAUGAUCAACUUCGUGACGUGGCUAGGCUACGCCUCCUCAAUGGUCAACCCGUUCUUCUACACCUUCUUCAACAAGACCUUCAGACAGACGUUCCUCAAGAUCAUCAAGUGUGAGAUGAGGCGCAGCAGGAAGUACCACUUUUGAAGUGCUCCUUGGCCACUUUACUGACACUUAUUCUUAAGUGUUUCAACCUGAGAAUACAUUUGUAACGAGGGAAACUCGAAAGAAAUUAAUCUGUUGUCUCUAAGAAUUUCCGCGUUACUGUUAGAGUGAAACAACAGAACUCAUAACGGAAACCUCUCACCCCAAUCCCCCCCCCCCUUCGCACUCAUCAUAACGGUCGUUAACGGAAUGAAUUACCUCCAGCUUGUAAAUGUUCCAACUAGUUGUUAAAAAAAUUUGGAAUUAAUUAAACAAUACUCUUUCUGGUCUGUCAUUAAUGUUUCAGCAAUCAAUAUAACAAUUACGCUAGUUAACCAACCUGUUCUUCCUUAAUGGUAAGCAUAUAGCCAGUGUCAAGUUUGUAUAUCACCGCUAAGCAAUAUAUAUAUAUAUA